AUGAGUCAAAACAUAACCGAAUUGAAAGCUUUUAAGGAAGAAGUAAAUUCUAACUUGCAAAACCAAGGAGCUGCCAUCCAGAAGCUAGAAAAUCAAAUUGGGUAUUUGUCUAAGCAAACCCCUGGGCCAAGCGUUUCUCAUGCUGCCAAGGCUAUUGCAAGGGAAGAAUGUAAGGCCAUAACCCUCAGAAGUGGAAAAAAGCUAAAGGAGAUCUCAAAGGAAACCACAGAGGAUGAAGCCAAGGAAAAUGUGAGGGACAAGGAACAAGGACAAUCUUUUACACCGUCUGCAACAAAAGAAAAAGAAAAAGAGGUCCUGAAGCCUUAUACACCCAAAGCACCAUAUCCUCAACGUUUGAUGAAAAGUGAAAAGGAUGGCCAAUUCUCCAGAUUCUUGGAGAUUUUCAAGAAGCUUCAAAUCAACAUUCCGUUUGCUGAGGCAAUAGAGCAAAUGCCACUCUAUGCAAAAUUCUUGAAGGAAUUAAUGACCAAGAAGAGGAGCUGGAGAAAUGAGGAAACUGUGUUGUUAACUGAAGAAUGCAGUGCUAUCAUUCAACACAAAUUACCUCAGAAAUUGAAGGAUCCAGGCAGUUUCCAAAUCCCCUGCAUCAUAGGAGAAGUCAUGGUGGAGAAGGCCUUGUGUGACUUAGGGGCCAGUAUCAAUUUGAUGUCUCUAACAAUGAUGAGAAGAAUGAAGAUUGAGGAAGCCAAACCAACAAGAAUGGCCCUCCAAUUGGCAGAUCAAACUUUUAAAUUCCCUCAUGGGAUAGUUGAGGACUUGUUGGUGAAAGUGGGAGAUUUUAUAUUUCCGGCCGAUUUUGUGGUGUUAGAUAUGGAGGAAGAAGCCAAAGCUUCCAUAAUUCUGCCCUGCUGA